AUGAUCCCGAAGCCAAGCCUCCGGAAGCUCCCUCGGCAAGUCGACAAGGAUACCAGAGUCUUCUGCCGAUACCACCAAUACAAUGGCCACGAUACCGAGUCCUGCAUUGCCCUCCGGACGAUCGUUGAGAAACUGAUAAGUGAGGGCAAACUAGACCAGUAUCUGAAUGCGCAAUCGGGCCCUGAGCACCAGGGGAAUCGACAGAUCAACAUGAUCAGCGGCGGUACACCGAUCGCUGACUCCAGCUGUCGGUCCAUCAAGAGUUACCUACGUGCCGUUCGGCACUUUUAG